UAGUUGGCGCCACGACAGUAUAUCACAACUCUCUUUUCCCUUAAAAACAACGUUUUAGAGACAGACACUUAACAUAAACCAAAACAAGGUUGGUCGAAUACACAAUUAUAUAUAUUAACAUUGGUGACGUUUGAUUCCUCCUCUGUGGGACUGUCCAGUGUCCACUAUAUUAGUUAACUCUCAUUCGCUAACAUACUCGCUAUCUGACAAAUCGUGUGUGUCUUGAGUUGCUAAAUCAUCACCCUUCUUCAGAUUCACCAAAAUUUCUCCUCUUUCAACCUCUCUGAAUCACUGGGUACCCAUAACAACAAUCCUCUGGUUCAUCCUUCUGCUAUAACACAUUACUUCGAUAAAUCACGAUGGGAGAUGUGGCUAAGGACCUUACUGCUGGAACUAUUGGCGGAGCAGCACAACUAGUAGUUGGUCAUCCAUUCGACACCAUAAAGGUCAAGCUCCAAAGCCAGCCUACACCACUUCCUGGCCAGGUUCCGAAAUAUUCCGGUGCAAUUGAUGCUGUCAAGAAGACAAUAGCAGCUGAAGGUCCAGGGGGUUUAUACAAAGGCAUGGGAGCACCACUUGCUACCGUAGCCGCCUUCAAUGCUGUCCUAUUUACUGUUAGAGGGCAAAUGGAAACAUUGUUGAAAUCAUCUCCCGGUGAUACCCUCACCAUAAGUCAGCAGGUUGUUUGUGGAGCUGCAGCUGGACUUUCUGUUUCCUUUCUAGCUUGUCCUACUGAACUGCUCAAAUGCAGGUUACAAGCACAGAGUGCACUAGCUGGUUCAGGAACAGCUACAUUGGCCGUGAAAUAUGCAGGACCAAUGGAUGUGGCCAGACACGUUCUCAGAUCAGAAGGCGGCGUAAAGGGUCUUUUCAAAGGCUUGAUUCCCACUAUGGCGCGUGAAAUACCUGGAAAUGCAGCAAUGUUCGGCGUAUACGAAGCAACAAAGCAAUUAAUUGCCGGAGGCACUGACACCUCAGGACUUGGUAGAGGCUCUCUGAUGGCUUCGGGAGGCUUGGCUGGCGCUGCUUUUUGGUGUAUGGUUUAUCCAACUGAUGUUGUUAAGAGUGUGUUGCAAGUUGAUGAUUACAAAAAUCCGAAGUUUUCUGGUUCAAUUGAUGCUUUCAGAAGGAUAAAAGCUACCGAGGGAAUCAAAGGCCUUUAUAAAGGUUUUGGUCCUGCAAUGUUCAGAAGUGUUCCUGCAAAUGCAGCAUGUUUCUUGGCAUAUGAGAUGACAAGAUCAGCUUUGGGAUGAUUACUUUAUAAGCAAGAUUCAUAGAGGGGGGUUAUCAUUGAGUACCAUGAAUGCUCAUAUAUUUUUAUUUCAAAUCAUACAACAUUUUUAUUUCAUGCAUUGCAAUAUUGCAACAUUGCCACAAUGGCUUGGGUUUAUUGUUACUUCAUGGAAUGAUUCUUUUACCAUUGGUAAUGAAAGCAACCUUUUAUUUUUGAA